AGUGCAUAAUAACAUAGUAAAAACGUAUACUAUUCCUCGUUUUAAUGGGAAUCCCUCCCUCCAUGCCCUGCAAGCAAAGGAACCCCCCACAUCCCACUUUGACAGCCGAUGCUUCUAUCUCCUAUAAUAAACUCAAACAAUGUGAUGCACAUUAGAUUUGCAAACUAAAACUCCCAAAAAAAAUGAAGUCACAGGUUCAUAAACACAGAUGAAUUAUUGGGAGUAUCUGUGGAGCAUGCACUGGAUUUAAAUGAGGCUUCUUCUCUCCCUCUCCGUCAGUGCAGGAGGACUCUUUCCCUUUUACUAAAGGCUGAGGAUGGGCGUUUUUUUUGUGGACUGCUCUGGAGUCUGCGUCAGGUGGCCCGGUUUCUCCCACCCCAUUGGUCCAAGGCACGUGUCUGGGAGGACGGUGGGAAAACGUCACUCGGGGGGCUCGUAUUGAAAAUAAGAACAAAACUCCAGAGUGAGAGUAUUAGAGCAUCAGUUUAGGAGCUCUCUUUAUUUACCCUUAGUUUAGUUUAGGUGUAGGCACACUGAAAUCGGAUAACACUAAAUUUGGAUGGUGCGCAAAUGGCACUAGCUCUGCGUUAUCAGUAGAGAUUGAGAGGAUAUAUAUGUCAAAAAAAAGUAUGCUUUUCUCAAGAGGACACUACGGCAAGGCUUUGCAUGGUGUCCAAGGCACUCACUAGAAUUUGAGUUUUAUUUUUUUUUAUAUAAAUAUAUAUUCCAAGCGUGCAUUUUCUUUUUUUUUUUUGCAAAUUUUAAAUCCCCCUGAAGUUCUUUUUUUUGCGAAUUUUUGCUUCUUGCAGAGCGGAGAGAGAGUGAUAAAGGGGUUAAAAAGAAAGUGAAUCAGUAUGGAAGAAAAUGAUCGUGGAGACAUAGACGUGGUGGUGGAGCAGCAGCAGGAUGAGUCCAACAACAGAGGCAUCCUUCCUCUGUUACAGGCGCCUGGGAACCUGCAGCAGAUUCCUCACAGGGUCACCAAUUUCUUCAUCGACAACAUCCUGCGGCCGGAUUUCGGACGCAAAAAGGACGGAGGAGGAGGAGGCGCAAACCAAGAAGAGAGAGAGAGUAGCCGCCUGGAGAGCCACAACAGCCCAGACGCGCCUCAGACCGAGCCGGUUGGCAACACGGUGCCGGCUGAAGGAACCUCCACUCCGCACACGGUCACCGGGACCAAGAAGCCAGCUAUAGCCGCCGAGGAGAGUCUGAAACCCCGCGUGGAGAGAGGAGACCAGUGCCUAAGCUCAGACUCAGACAGUUCCCAAGCCAGCUCAAACCCAUCCCAGUCCAAGUCCAUGCUGUGGCCAGCCUGGGUCUACUGCACCAGAUACUCGGACAGGCCUUCUUCAGGGCCAAGAUCUCGCAAACCAAAGAAGAAGACGACGACGACGACGACGACCAGCAAAGAGGACAAGCGACCACGGACGGCCUUCACAGCAGAGCAGCUGCAAAGACUAAAAUCGGAGUUUCAAACCAACCGGUAUCUGACCGAGCAGAGGCGGCAGAACCUGGCGCAGGAGCUGGGCCUCAACGAGUCCCAGAUCAAGAUCUGGUUCCAGAACAAGAGGGCCAAAAUCAAGAAGGCCACCGGCGCUAAAAACUCUCUGGCCUUGCACCUGAUGGCACAGGGACUGUACAAUCACGCCACCGUCUCGUCGAAAGACGAAAAAUCAGACAGCGAUUGAUUUCACAGAGAAGAGAAGUCACAACAGCAGCAGCAGCCUCCUUCCUGACGAAAAACCACCCUAUAGUAAUCCUAUGAUAGAUGUUUUAUAGAGAUAUCACUGCAAAAACUACAUAUUUACAGCAGAUAAAAAAUACAUAUUAAUACCACUAUAAAGCUGACAGGAAAUAAAUAAAAUAAGGACCACAAAGAGUCCCCCUACAGGAAUAUUUAAGCUCUCUAUAGGAAUAUUAUAGUGAUUUUUCGUUUUAUGGGAGGUUUUUGUCAAGCCUACAAUGCAAUAAUUUCAUCGAAUAAAGGGCCAGUGUAGAGUAUACCAGCAUAAAAUUGUUUGAAAAAAAAAAUAAGAGAGAUAUUUCUGCAAUAUCACGUCUAUAAAAGAUGUUGUAUAAAGUUUUCAUUGUUUGUCGUCCCCCCCACCACCCAACAGGAGGUACACAUGCUUACACCCAUCAUUUUUCUAUAUACAGGCCUACAUGAUUGUCAUCAUUUUACAUUGAACUAACUGGCACUUCGAUCUGUCAGUGAACAAAAACUGAAGUCCAAAGAAUAUUUUUCUGCUGCAUCCAGGCUACUGUGAAUUUAAAUAAAUGCUAACACCAGUUUUUUUUAUUAUUUCCAUGCUUGUUGGUUUGUGUUUUAAUGUAAAAAAAAAAAAAAAAAAAACAGGACGGAGGAUUUUUUGAGUGCAGACCUAAUUGGGCAGACAAUGAAUUUUGAUACGUUUUUUAAAAAGAAAAAAACAGGAAGUUUAUUAUUAUUAUUAUAAUAAUAAAGUGACUGAGAGGUAGCGAUUUUUUCUAACACGCCACUGAACUAAAACGCUAAGUUACGCCUUGCUUAUUAUCCAUGUGGUCGUCUUAUAGCCUUUAAACCAAUAUUAUGUGCGUAUUCCCUUCGUUAUACCAAUGCAUCAGUGCAGCUAUUAUAGUUUUAACUAGCAAUAUCAAUCUUUUGUUUUGUAGCUAGAACUGAAUUGAAGGCUAUAAUGCUGCCUAUAAAGUCACAGAACAAACUCUGUAGCAUAAAGACAAUGAUGACAACCAUUCUGCGCACUCUUUUGACUAUAAAAAGCAGGUUAUUGGAUGUUCUUGUUAAAUCUUUUCUCUAUAUACAGUUUUAUUACAUAUCCAUUUAUCAUAAAAAGAAGGCAAAUCCGUCAGUGACUGUAUUACAAAUGUUGGAAAUCUCUUAUCGUUGUUGAAAGGACUUCAUAUGUGUAUUUAUAUAGAUUAUAUUGAGAAAAAAAAAAUCUAUCCAAUGACCAGUGUUGCUUUAGAGUAGAUAUCUGAGGUGUUUACACUGCUUGUUUAUCUUGCAAUAACUUUCUUUUUGUUUCUUUUUUGUGAAUGAUAAUAGUUUAUGGGGCCUUUGCAUGAAAGCUGCAAUUUGUUGUACUUGGGCAAAUAACUGUGUUUAUAAACUCUGGUCUUUAUCGACACAAGUAUGAUCGAGCUAAGUUUUAGACUGUAUCCAUACCAAAUUGUGGACUUUUUGCCUUUCAAAGUGUUUUUGUUGUGUAUCUGCAAAAAGUGUGUGUGAAUUAAAAUCCACCAAACAGAAACACACUUUGCCUUAAAGUUCAGGUGUGAACUUUGUGUGAAACAGAACUGUGCCGAAUCAGAGAAGCAGUAUUACUUCAAAUGCAGACUAUUCAAGUUUAAUGCCUUUAUGAAAAACUGCUGGUACGACAUUAUGAAUUUACUCAUCAGCGUAUAUCUAUCUAUAUAUGAACAUGUUUAAAUAAAAUUACAACACAGAGUUGUAGAAUACAAUGCUAUUUUUUAUUUUAUGUUGGAAGUAUUCUUUGGUAUAAAUGUACAUAAUUUGUAUCAUGUAUUAAUUGUGUAAUUAACUGCCUCCUGAAAAACUGCAAAAGAAGAGUAAAUAAACCUUGAAGAUUA